AUGACAUGGUCCGCAAGCAGUUGUUUCUUUACUCUGUUCGUGCUGUACCUUUGGCGGGUUGGAGACAUCGCAGAAGCUUGCAAAUGCCGCACUCCGCAUCCUCAACAGGCUUUUUGCAACGCAGACGUCGGUAAGCCAAUUUUGGCAAGAUUUGACUUUUUAACUUCUCCACAUGUUGAGUUACUACUGUCUCAGUAUGCAACAUGCUAACAUUUUAUGAAUUGUCUGUGGUCGUUGUAAUAAUAAUAAUUUGGACACUGUCAUUAAGCCUAUAUUUACAUUCUCACACAAUUAUUUACAUAAGUAGACAACAGUAAGAUGGGCUACAGCCAGGGCUCUCCAACCCUGUUCCUGAAGGUCUUCAAUCCAACCCGUUGUAACUAACCUGAUUCAGUUGAUCAACAAGGUAAUUAUUAGAUUCAGGUGCGCUAGAAUAGGAUGGAAUGUAAACCUACAGGACGGUAGCUCUCCAGGAACAGGGUUGAGAACUCUGCUACACUAAGUGUUAUAUUUUGCUUUUGGCAAAAACAGUAUGCCUACAGAUGUAUUAUUUGUCCAAAAGCUAAAUGAGAUAGAUAGCUACUGUGUACAAAACAUUUAAAGGCCACCUGCUCUUUCCAUGACAUAGACUGGCCAGGUGAAAGCUAUGAUCCUUUAUUGAUGUCACUUGUUAAAUCCACUUAAAUCAGUGUAGAUUAAGCGGAGACAGGUUAAAGAAGGCUGUUUAAACCUUGAGACAUGGAUUGUGUGUGUUAAUAUUGUCUUACAUUUAGCCCAAGGUAUUGUUGUAGUGUAGACUAUUGAAAUAAAAUAUUGGUAGGCUAUAUCACUUAUUUUUGACAGGUUCUGUUUCAUUAUAUUAAGAGGGAUGGCCUGCUUUAUGUACAACAUACCGGUAAUAACGAGGGAACGGUGGAGGGUGGAAUAGUCUCUCCUAUUUCCUGUCACAUUCAUCCUCUAUUGCAAGUGUCAGACUCAUUCCACGCAGGGCCGAGUGUCUGCGGCUCUUUGCUGCACCGUUGUUCUAUGAUAUCAUGGCGUUCAGCAAACAAUCGUGUAAGUGCAUGCCGCCACCUAUUGUGCUGGAAUGUACUAUCAAUCAUUAUCUGCCCAAUUCUGUAGUACCAUGAAAACCAAAUAAAUACCUAACUUCUACCACCCCCUCCCCCCAAAACCCCUCCACAACCCCAUUAAACUUAAUCUACAUCAUGCUGAAACACUCCACCUGUAGGAUUGUUCAGCAUGUCAAAAACCAUUUCAACAGUAACAUCUGUUACACCCAAUAUCUCUUUUGCCAUCUCCACAUUAACCUUCAACCUGACAUUUCUGAUUUCCACAACCUGAGUCGUAUUGAUAACCUUAUCAAUAAAAGCUAUGAAGUCAACUUUAUUCAUUAUCAAAGUGUCCUUACACACCGCACAUUCAUGAGCACAAGAUGUUUUGCCUGUGUGUAUUCUGGUUAUGUUUUUUCCCCAAAGAUUGCUGACUAGCUUCCUCCUGUGUCGGCUCAGGAGCCUCAGAGCAGGCCAGGCACAUUCCUUUCUGAUUACAGCUGAGGCGCUCAUAUGCCUCUCCUAUGCGUAACAAUGUUAAACCAUCAGUGUGACUGACCAGUAUAGAGGAGUUCAAUAACGUUAGUUAAACCAUGUUUCUCUUUUCUAGUGAUCAGGGCAAAGGUGGUUGGAGUGAAACUUGUGUCUGGUAACAUCCUCAAGUAUGACAUCCAACAGAUCAAGGUAUGAUCAGCCUUUUUAUUAAGUGGUUGUUCCUUCCUGCACUGAAAUGUUGAAGCCCCCUGAACCCCAGUCUGACAGCUGGUCCCAAUUCGCUCCCUUAGCUCCAACCCUUCAAUGUUUGCAGAUCUGGGUAGGUAUAAACAGUGUAGUUGUGGCGCAUCCACCGUACUGGUCCUAGACUAUGGUGACAUCCUCUAUAUGAACUCAGCUGCCCCUUCAAUAAAGCCAUUAGAUGCAGUUUAUCAAGGCUUUAUUACGGGUGACUGGUUUAGUACUCAUCACUACAUUCUCUACCAGAUAGUUGGUUGGCGCUAUUUGAUGUCACAGGUUCUUUUACGAAGCCCUUUUACAAAAACUCCCACUGUACCUUACAUCAUUACUAUCCUUUCGACACAUGAGUUACCACACCUGGUCUCAGGGAUGGCUAACUCUGGAAAUUCCUUUGGUCUCUGAGUUAGGUAAACCAGCUUUUUUUUUGCACUGUAUUUGUAGAACAAGCUUCAACAUUUUCUAAACGUUGGAUGUUUUGGUGCCUCUAGAUCAAUUCAGGAAACUGACUGAGGACCUUAUUACAGAUUAUUUUUUAUGACUUUAUGCUUGCGUUUUGUGUGUUUCUGUAAUUCAGGGCUCAUCUGUAAAAUAGACCUUGAUUAAAUAAAGUAUUGCUUCCACUUUACAGAUCUGGAAACAUCAAAGGGCUUUAGACUGAGGGGAUGGGGUAUAAGAAGGGAAUUAGUAAAGACUGACAGUGCCUGAGCGCUGCAGUCAGUGAGGUUCAAAACUGUAUAUGUAGGUGUUUUGACAGAUCCUUCUUUUUCUCCUCCUUGUGAUUGGAUAGAUGUUCAAAGGUCCUGACCGGGUUAUCCACGCCAUCUUCACUGCAUCCUCCCCAGCCGCAUGCGGCGUGACUCUGGAAAUCAACAAGGAGUAUCUCUUCAUAGGUGCAGUUCUCACUACGUUACCCAAGUUCCAUUGCCAGCACUGGUUAACCCUAUCAGUCCUGAGACCCCAGCAAAAAUGUGCUUUUCAUUUAUCUGCAUGUCCAGCCCUUACAUUUAGCCUCACAGUAAAUUGCUUUACCAUUUUAUUUUCAGGACAGCCAGGGCUACAAGUAAAACACAAAACAAUUUGAUAUUAGUUUUAUUGACAAAUGUCAACAACAAAAAAAUCCACCAAGUCAGAAACUUGAAAAGUACAGAAAUGGUGUCCUCAGUGGGAAUUAAUAUCCAACCAGUCAGUGACAACUGUUUGGUGUUUGUGACAGCAACUAUGUAAGCGUAUUAAAGAUGGAUCAUUGGAAAUCCGAGGACAUAUGUAGAAUAACCCCUUACCUUCUAAGGACUCUUGUGAUCUUCGUGGAGCAAAACGUGUUCAUAGUCUCAGCUUUUCAUAAAUUGUUUUUAAUAGUACUUCAAGCCAUUUGGACUCUACAGACGUUUUUGUAAAAGACCCAGCCCUUGGCCCCUUUGGGAUCUGCCCUUGUCCCACAAACCCCGCUCUAGCUCAGCUGCUGUUAAUCACAAACUAAUGGUUGGUACCAACAUUUGCAGAAGUGGACUAAUCCAAAAACUGAGCUUACUCAAGAAAGCCCACCUUGAAUCGCAUUUUGAAGUAUGCAAAAAAAAGCUCAACACUUGGGAUUCUGUAGCUAUGUGGCAAAAAGUUGUGGUCUGACAAAACUAAGAUGUAACUUCUUGGCCUAAAUGCAAAGCGUUACCCAACACUGCAAAUCACCCAAAGAACACUAUCCCUACUGUGAAGCAUGGUGGCAGCAUCAUGUUAUGAGGAUGUUUCUCAUCAUUGGGGAUAGAAGGGAAAAUGAAUGGCACAGUGUACAAAAAUAAAUGCAACAUGCAUCAAUUUCGAAGAUUUUACUGAGUUACAGUUCAUAUGGAAAUCCUAAUUAGCCCCUAAUCUAUGGAUUUAACAUGAUUGGGAAUACAGAUAUGCAUCUGUCGGUCACAGAUCCCUUAAAAAAAAGUUAGGGGCAUUGAUCAGAGAACCAGUCAGUAUCUGGUGUGACCAUUUGCCUCAUGCAGCACGACAUUUCCUUUGCGUAGAGUUGAUCAGGCUGGUGAUUGUGGCCCGUGGAAUGUUGUCCCACUCUUCAAUGGCUGUGUGCAGUUGCUGGAUAUUGGCGGGAACUGGAACACUCUGUCCAUCCAGAGCAUUCCAAACAUGCUCAAUGGGUGACAUGUCUGGUGAGUAUGGAGGCCAUUGAAGAACGGACAUUUUCAGCUUCCAGGAGUUGUGUACAGAUCCUUGCGACAUGGGGCUGUGCAUUAUCAUGCUGAAACAUGAGGUGGUGGCAGAUGAAUGGCACAACAAUGGGCUUCAGGAUCUCGUCACGGUAUCUCUGUGCAUUCAAACUGCCAUCGAUUUAAAAUGUAAUUGUGUUUGUUUACAAUGUUGACAUCAGCAAACCGCUUGCCCACACGACGCCAUCCACUUGAUCUGCCAUCUGCCCGGCACAGUUGAAACCGGGAAUAAUCCGUGAAGAGCACACUUCUCCAACUUGCCAGUUGCCAUCGACGGUGAGCAUUAGCCCACUGAAGUCUGUUAAGACACUGAACUGCAGUCACGUCAACCCUGAUGAGGACAACGUGCACGCAGAUUAACUUUUCGGAGACUGUUUCUGACAGUUUGUGCAGAAAUUCUUCGGUUGUGCAAUCCCAGGUGACUGGUUUCAAUUCUCUAAAAUGACGUUGGUGGCAGCUUAUGGUAGAGAAAUAAACAUUAUUCUCUGGCAACAGCUCUGGUUGACAUUCCUGCAGUCAUGCCAAUUGCAUGCUCCCUCAACUUGAGACAUCUGUGGCAUUGUGUUGUGACAAAACUACACAUUUUAGUGGCCUUUUAUUGUCCCCAGCACCUGCGUUCAAACAACUUCUUGAUAUGCCACACCUGUCAGGUGGAUGGAAUAUCAUAUAUUGGCCAAGGAGAAGUGCUCACGAACAGGGAUGUAAACAAAUUUGUGCACAAUUUGAGAGCGACGCAUUUUGUGCAAAUGGAACAUUUCUGGGGUCUAUUUUUAUUUCAGCACAUGAAACAUGGGCCCAAGACUUUACAUGUUGCGUUUUUAAUUUUGUUCAAUGUAAAUCCAUGAAACUGAGGCACUGACACAACAAAAUGUGAGAAGUUCAAGGAGCUUAGACUUUCUAUAGGCACUGUAAAACGUUUACAACUAAUCCAUUACUUACUUAUUAUUAGUAUGUACACUUAUGAUGAGAUAUCUGUGUUAUGGGCUGCAUCAGUAUGUCUUUACGCUCCAGGGUGAAGUUUUCCCCCAGGGACGUAGGCCAAUCCUAACCUUAACCAUUAGUGGAAUAAAUGCUAAACUGAGCCGAGAUCAGCGUCUAGGGUCCACUUUACCCUUCACCAUGUUUUCCCUACAGCACUUUGACUCACUAUCUCCUCUGUCUGUAGGCAUGCUGGAGACUGGAAGGAUGUACAUAACACUGUGUGGCUAUAAUCUGCCCUGGGAGGACUUGAGUGCCGGACAAAAGAAGAGCUUGAAUCACCGCUACCAAAGUGGCUGCGAUUGCAAGGUGUGAUGGGAAUUAUAGUAAUAUUACUAUACACCAGUUUUGUUUUAAUAUUUACAUGGGACAUUUUCUUAAAGGGAGUAUACUACUCUGGUCACAUUGGCAAAAUGCAUGAGCUAGAGUAUUGUGGUAAUGAGCAGUCAGUGAUCUUGGGCUUUCUCUCUCCCUACUCCGAUACACAGGUCAUCCACUGCAUUUCCCUCCCCUGUCCGACCAGUGCCACAGAUGCAUGCCUGUGGACAGACUGGGGGACUGACAAUGGCCGUAACCUUGCCUGUAUCAAGAGGAGAGAUGGGACUUGUGAAUGGAAGUAGUUCCUGGAUAUUGAAAACUCCUUAACUCUAAAGGCUAUCCACUCACUGUUCGAUGACUAAAGAUGCCUGUAAUAAAUAAGAUUAACAGAAAGCUGCAAUUUUUGUUUUAAAUGAACCAGAAUUGCUUACUGGUAACUUCUACAAAUGCAAUAAAAACAAACUAAUCAAAUAUAGCCCUCCAAGUUGUCAUUUACUGUGCCACUCAU